AUGUCUCUUGCAUGUGAAGAAAACGUUGUUUCCUACUCGGAAAGACAACAAGCCUCUCCAGUCUCACAAAAAUUGUUGAGAUAUAGGAAAAUUGAAAAGGUUGGAGAAGGAACCUAUGGAGUUGUAUAUAAAGCUGAAGAUACUCAAACAGGACAAAUUGUGGCCAUCAAGAAGGUGAGAUUGGAACAAGAGGAUGAAGGUGUUCCAUCGACAUCCAUUAGAGAAAUCUCUCUAUUGAAAGAGUUGAAUCAUCCUAACGUGGUGCGAUUGCAUCAAGUUAUUCAUAGUGAUCAACAAUUGCAUCUCAUCUUUGAGUUUAUUGACCAUGAUUUGAAGAAAAAGAAUGAUCAUUAUAAAAAAGUUCUCAAACAACCCAUUCCUCCUCAAGAUGUCAAGAUGACAGUGUACCAAAUUCUUAAAGGUAUUGCCUUUUGUCAUUCCCAAAGAAUUAUCCACAGAGAUUUGAAGCCACAAAACAUUUUGGUAGGCAUUGAAGGAGAUGUCAAAUUGGCAGACUUCGGUUUGGCUCGUGCUUUCCAAAUUCCUACAAGAACCCUCACUCAUGAAGUUGUAACAUUAUGGUAUAGAGCACCAGAGAUCCUUUUAGGUUGCAAGACAUAUUCCACACCAGUCGAUGUCUGGAGCGUUGGAUGCAUCUUUGCAGAGUUAUGUAAUGGAUCAGCUUUAUUCCCUGCAGAUUCUGAAAUUGACAUGCUUUACAAAAUUUUCCAAGCUUUGGGAACACCAAAUGAGCAAGUGUGGAAAGGUGUGACUGCACUUCCAUUGUGGAAACCAAUUUUCCCUCAAUGGCGUGGCAAUUUCAUCAGAAGCUUGGUGCCAUCAUUGUGCGAUCAGGGUAUUGAUUUGUUAUCGAAAAUGCUUGUUUAUCAACCAAACAUGCGUAUUACUGCUAAACAAGCUCUUGAGCAUCCAUACUUUGAUGACAUUCGUUAA